AUGGCUACUUUACUACCCAUUGAUGGUCAAAUUGAGUUCCUCGAUCGCCAGUCCCUCUAUGCAGCGCAGAAGCCUUUCGUUGCCAUGGUCGAGACUGACAACGCUCACUUCGUUGAUAAUGGCGAUGAAAGGCUGACCAACUUGAGCUUCUCCAAACACCCAGUGCAAAUCCAUGACAUACGCUCUAGGUCCGACUGGGAUAUUUCAACACAAGGCUUUGUUCCAUUGGCAAUGCCCUACCAGGAGCCGUUCGAACUCGCGGACAGCUGGGUUCAGCCAUAUCGAUCGCACACUGAAGCUAUUUUGAAAGAGUAUUUUGGCGCGCACGAAGUGAUAUGCUAUGAUUUCAAGUAUCGAACGACGGCACCUCUUGUGCGGACUUCCGUGAACUUGAACGAUCCGCUUCGGGUGGAAGGCCUCCCUACUGGUGCUCAUGAUUUGAGUGUCAGUUAUGCGCCCGAGAUACUACGAACCAUAUUGCAAGCGCAUGGAAAGUUGGACUGUCUGCAGCCGGGCUCGAGAAUACGAGUUGUGAAUACUUGGCGCCCCGUUAGCAGCUCAGCUGAACGCCAACCGCUAGCAAUGUGUGACUACCGCUCGAUCGACGUCGACGACGAUAUAAUAGUUACAUAUCGAGUGUGCCCCCAUCGGGUGAAUCAAUUUUACUUUCUGCACUACAAUCCGAGGCAGCGGUGGUACUCGAUCUCUGCACAACAGCCUGACGAAGGGGUCUUGAUGCUGAUGUACGACACACACCCUGAAGACGGAGCACGAUGUAAGGCUAGAUCAGACCAGGUACACAAGUCGGGCUACAUGGGUCUACUUUCCAAAAAUCAAAAUGGCAUAGGAAUUAAUUGGGCACUACCAUCUCGAUCAACUCUCAUAAAACAGGACAACUCCUCCAGCAGCAAGCAACGGCGACCUUUGGUUGACAUCAACAUUAGCUUUGCCAUUUGGAAAUGCGAGGCGUCGGUUGAAUACCAGCCUCUCCGGAAUGCCCUACCUCCAAAGCGCCGCAACUUUGUUGAGCUUUUCAAAAAAAAAUAUGGCAAACGCGCGUCAGAAAUUGCCACUGAGUACUCAGCCUCUUCAAAUUCAUCGCAGCGUAGUGGGCCUUUCUCUCACUACGCUGGUAUUGACGCGACUACAAUUCUCGCAGCUGCUACCAGUGAAAAUGCAGCCUUCGCCGCGAAUCUCCUGGCAUGUGUUCUAGCUCGACUAUUUUCAGCUGCUACUGCAACAGCCUUGUGGGAGCAGAUCGUGGAUCGACGCAUUAAGUUAGUCAAAGAAGAUGUGCAGGCCCCUACUCCCAUCUACACCUUGUUCGCUGCUCAUUCCGAUCUUUCUACACAGGACUUUGCAACUUGGGACGCAAGUGCUCGAGCAUGGCUAGCUGCUGGGGACGAAAUGAACUAUAAACGGCAAAUCUCUCUUGAAGACAAUCUCUAG